CACCUGGUGUCAUUAUAAAACGCUACAUCUAUCCACCUCUUUUGGCCUGUGUUUGUUUUUUUGUGGCAAUGGGUGGAUGUUUGUUUCUCUGUCUGGUGUUAUUAUCAGACUCCUUACAGGUUCUUUCUGCUGGAAGUGGUCUCAGAAGUUGCACCCGGGACUCUAAACUGUGCAGAGAUGGUUCAGAGUGUGUGCUCUACAGGUAUCUGUGUGAUGGAGAGCGGGACUGUAUGGAUGGUUCAGAUGAAGAGGAUUGUGAAACAUCAUGCAGCAAAGAUAAGUUCCAGUGUGCCCAUGGGAAGAUGUGCAUCGAGAAGAGCCAGGUGUGUGACGGUGUACCUCAGUGUCAGGACCGCUCUGAUGAGCUUCAGUGCGUGACGCUAAUGAGGGGCUGUGUUCAUCACUGUGACAACAAGACCCGCUGCCUGCCUGCAAACUUCCUGUGUGACGGCGAGGAGGACUGUACAGAUGGCACAGAUGAAGCCACUUGUGGAGAAGACCAAAAGGAAGAAGAGACCAUUACAACCUCUGUGCCUACAGUCUUGGUUGGCCCUUCUAAACAGUCCACCUCUUCUCACCCCAUUAAGUGUUCUUUCGGCUUCAUACCAUGCAGUGACAACUCGGAGUGUAUCCAGAACCACUAUUUCUGUGAUGGUGAAGCAGACUGCAGAGAUGGUUCAGAUGAGGCAAAAUGCUCAUCGUCUUGUGAAAAGGACCAGUUCCAGUGUGCCCAUGGAAGGAUGUGCAUUGAGAAGAGCCAGGUGUGUGAUGGUGUGCCUCACUGUCAGGACCGCUCGGAUGAAGCAGAAUGCACAAAGUACAUGGAGGGCUGUUCUCAUCAAUGCGACAACAAAAGCCGCUGCAUUCCCAGUAGCUUCCUUUGUGAUGGGGAAAGUGACUGCUCUGAUGGCAGUGAUGAGGCAAAGUGUGAAAAGGAGGACUGCAGUGACACAGAGUUCAAGUGUACCAGUGGCCAGUGUGUGUUGGCCGCAAUGCGUUGCGACGGUCACCCAGACUGCCGGGACCGUUCGGAUGAGGAAGACUGCACCAAAGUGCCAGCCUGCAAGACCAAACUUCGCUGUCCCCAGAGCAAGGAGUGUCUAGUGCAGGAGUGGAUCUGUGAUGGAGACCAGGACUGCAGAGAUGGCACUGAUGAGAAGGAUUGUCCUGUGGCUCCAGUGAACUGUGGAGAGUUCCAGUGGUUGUGCAAAUCCAAGACCAAGUGCAUCCCUAAAGCCUGGCUGUGCGAUGGCAUGAAGGACUGCAAUGAUGGCAGUGACGAGACUGAAUGUCCGGCUGUAACAUGUGCCCCUCACCAGUUCCAGUGUGGCAGUCAGGAGUGUCUGGAUCCAAACCUGGUGUGCAACGGCAUUACAAACUGUGCAGAUGGCUCAGAUGAGGGAGGAAGCUGCCAUACAGACUGUGCAGAGGAAAAUAUCAUGCACUGCUCCCAGGGCUGCUACAACACACCUCAGGGACCGCGCUGUCGCUGUGCAGCAGGUUUCAGGCUCAUGGAGGAUGGGCUGGCCUGUGCUGAUGUUGAUGAGUGUGAAGUUCAGACUCCAGGUGUGUGCAGUCAGCUAUGCAUCAACGCUCCAGGCUCGUACAGAUGUGACUGUCAGCCGGGCUUUAUAAUGGAAGCAGAUGGACACCACUGCAAAAUCACUGGUGAGCCCCUGCUGUUGUCCUCAAUCCAAACGGAUAUCUACUUGUAUGGCUUGCGUAGUCACAGCUUGGUUACAUUGCCCUCUUCUGCAAAGAAGGCAGUCUUGUCUCUAGACUAUGACUGGAAAGGUCAGAAGGUCUUCUGGGUCAGUCUGGAGAUGGCUGCUAUAAUGUGGUCUUCUCUAGAUCAGAAGAUGACAGGAAGUCUGAUUAAAGGUGUUCAGGCUGAUUCUAUAGCUGUGGACUGGGUCGGGAGGAAUCUGUACUGGAUCAAUGGGGUGAAGAGUUAUAUUGCUGCCAUCAGAUUGGCAGCAGCCUCUGCAAGCUCACUGUACCAAAGCAUCAUCUUGGAUGAAGACUUGGAUCAGCCCCGCUCUCUUGCCCUGCUACCACAAAAAGGGCUGAUGUUCUGGACAGAGAUUGGUAAUGUAGUGAAGAUUGAGCGUGCUGGGAUGGAUGGGUCAGAGAGGAGGCCACUGGUGAACUCGAGUUUGGGCUGGCCGGGUGGUGUGGCUGUAGAUGCAGUCUCUGAGAGGGUCUACUGGACAGAUGAAAGACUGAAGGCGAUUGGAUCUGCAACUCUGGAUGGCGACGACAUUAGGAUCUACUUGCAGUCCCAACACACCACAGCCGAGCUGAAGGGCUGGCCCGAGCAUCUGGCCCUGCAGAUACCGAGCGUGAACAAAGCCAAUCUCAUGGACUACAUCCUCAAGGAACGCACUCUAUUUGUGACAGAUGAUGCCACUUCUUCACUCAGCUCUUUCAGGCUGAAGGACUCACUCCUGACGUCUCAGGGCCAGCUUCUUGAGCUGCUGGAUGACGCCGUCACUGCCAUGGCAGUCGACUGGAUAACACUCAACAUUUAUUGGAGCAGUUACAAACAGCCCCACCUGCAGGUCACUGCUGUCACAGGCACAUACACAGCCAUUCUCAUAAAGGAGGGGAUCAACAGAGUGGGUUCGAUUGCUCUUCACCCACCCAGUGGAAGAGUUUGUUUCACGAAUAUGGAUCUGGAGGCUACGGGCAGCACGGCUACAAUAGUGUGCGCCAGCAUGGAUGGUGGUGAGCAAAGAGUGGUGUGGAAGGAUGCUGUCCAACCAACAUCUUUGGUCUUCUCUAAUAAUGGGGAUAACAUUUUCUGGGCUGACACGAGUUUGGGGACCAUUGGCUCUGUCCUGAUUGAUGGAUCUGGAUAUACAGAGCUGAAGGUUGAUGACGGCCUGGCUGCUGUGGCUGUAAGUGACAACAUCCUCCUCUGGAUUACAGUCACUGACAAGACCCAACUCUGGUACAAAGACGCUCAGCAGGAUAAGAAAUUAUGGUUUGAGGUUGGCACACAAGUGGUCGGCUUAAAGGCAUUCAGCAAACGGAGUCAGAUGGGCUCUAACCCAUGCACAGAAAACAAUGGGAACUGUGAGCACUUGUGCCUCGCCACCCCAACAAGUCGCACAUGCAAGUGCUCUUAUGACCACAUCCUUCUGAAUGCCACUCAGUGCAGCCCAGAGCAACACUGCCCAGCUGGCAGCAGGCCCUGCCUCGAUCACCUCUCAUGCCUGCCUGUGGAGAAGUUUUGCGAUGGACAUGCAGACUGCACGGACCACUCCGAUGAGAACUGUGUUUGCACCCAGCAGUGCCCAGGAGCUGAGGUCUUGGCUCCCACUCAACCUCACAGUUCUCCUCCUCCUCCUUCCAGUGUCUCUCCUGUCUCACAAGUCACAGGUCUGAACACAACACUGAAUGUCAGCAUUCAACGUGUGAACCUGGAUGCCCAGCAGUGCAGCCAGAGGCGCUGCAGUGGUAACGGACACUGUGUAGAGACGAAGGGAGUUACUACAUGUGUGUGUUCACUGGGCUACAGCGGUGAUUCCUGUGAAAACCGGCUCGUGAAAACCAUGCAGGGUCCCAUUGUCUACGCUGCCGUGGGUCUCUGUGCAGCAGUUGUGAUCAUUGUUGUAAUAGUGCUGGUGAAGAGGAAGAAGAGUGCCAACUUAAGGGGAACUGGACCAUCAGCAGGCAAGGAGAUGAGCAUGACUGACCUGGAGAGCAAAGCGGAGACCAUUCCCACAUCCCAUACUGCCUCAGCAGAAAAGCCAGAGGUGGACCUCCCUUAAACCAGCAGCUUCCCGUUUUGUUGCUUUGUUGGAAGCCGUAUCCUCUGUGGAAUCGAGCUGAUUUAUGAACAAGUGAUGUUUUAAAUAAACAGUCUGCAUUUUC